AUUACGUCAUACGUACGGAAACGUUCUAGAAAGAUUAGCGAGAAGAUUCACAGAAGCAUAAACAGGCUGCAGGGGAAUUUGCUGACUUUCAAGUUACGGUUUUGCCACAAGGCGCCAUUCAAUACGCAUUUAUUCACAUUUUAAGCUUAGGUAUCGCCAACUUUGAAUCAAGAUGUCGUACAUGCUACCUCAUCUCCAUAAUGGCUGGCAGGUAGACCAAGCCAUCUUGUCUGAAGAGGACCGAGUUCUGGUAAUUCGCUUCGGACACGACUGGGACCCGACAUGUAUGAAAAUGGACGAGGUUCUUUACAGCAUCGCUGAAAAGGUAAAAAAUUUUGCAGUCAUUUACCUGGUGGACAUCACAGAAGUGCCUGAUUUCAACAAGAUGUACGAGUUGUACGACCCCUGCACCGUCAUGUUCUUUUUCAGGAACAAACACAUCAUGAUUGAUUUAGGCACUGGUAAUAACAAUAAGAUCAACUGGACAAUGGAGGACAAGCAGGAGAUGAUAGACAUUGUGGAAACCGUGUACAGAGGUGCAAGAAAAGGAAGAGGUCUGGUGGUGUCUCCUAAGGAUUAUUCAACAAAGUACAGAUACUGAAUUUUCUUCCUUGCAUGUUUUUUUCUUGUUUUCCUGAUUCCAGAGACAGAGACGACAAAUUGCGAAAGUCAAGGGUGAUCGUUUUUUUUGUUUUGUUUUGUUUAGCAUUUUGGUUUGCCAUUGAAAAGACAAUGUUCAUUUUAACAGCGUUAUGUUGUGCCAUUUCUGUUGGUGUGUGUAGACUAGUUUUAUUCAGUUUCUUCUUGUGUUUUUCUUAAGACUUAUUUCUGUGAAACAAGUGCUGAACAGACAAGACACAGUGUACAGAGCCUCAUAUGUAAAUUUUGCAAUAAAAAUGGAUUUUUACACAGAGUA